AGUCGUCAGGAGAUCGCGUGUGAAUCAACGUGGUGCUCUGCGCAUGUUAUUUACUCGCAAAGACGCAACGCCGGCUCAUGCGAUCGUAAUUCACGUGGAAACUACACUGUUCACAACUUUUGGAUUACAAUAAUGUGCCAUGAGAAGUAAUCGUUUUUUUGUGGAAGAUGUUUACGACGUUCAACCAUCGCAACAAAACAAAUCAAUGAAUUUGGAGGAAAAACAUUUGCGAUGGUGACAUGAUUUGGUGAGCAUGCGUUGGUUGAGCUGGUGGCAUAUUCUGUUAGCGCUCCAUGCGCAAAGCUUUGCAAGUGGACAGACCAUCACACCCACUAUUUGCGAAGAUGGAGCGUGCCGUUGUGACUCAUUCACAAGGGUUAUAUGUAGCUGCAUUAAUGACUUCAAAGAGGUAACUUUGAGACCUGACGGUGCAUACAGAGUACCAGCAAUGGCGACCGGCAUCGUCGUUGAUGGUUGUGCGAGUGUUAUAUUUCUUCAGGAUACCGUACGAAAUCUUAUUCAACUCAGGAGCGUUGAAUUAAGGAACGUUGGUCACAUAGUGAUUAGUGAACGUGCUUUGAAUUGGUCUCCUUAUAGUAGGGACAGUGAAAUGAAUCCUGGUAUCAGAAUUACCAUUCAGAAUAGUACAAUUAGUGAAAUAGCGUCACAUGCCAUCCAAGGGAGAGUGAACGAAGUGCUCAUUAGUGACAGCCGAAUAGACAAUCUAAGACCUUUUGCAUUCUCUAGUCUUGUUGGUGUUAAAAACGUUGAACUUCAAAACAAUGUGUUUAAUAAUAUAGACAUACAGACUUUUAAAAAAUUCACCACAUCAAAUUUUAUCAUCCGUGGUGGAUUAAUGCAUAGGUUACCAAGUAGAUUUUUAUCAGAUGUAGAAGUAACUAAUUUAUUUCGAUUAGAUGGAGUGAAUAUAAAAUAUUUGUCCAGUUUGACGUUUCUCGUCCAGUCACCAAAGAGAAUUAUAAUAGAAAAUAACGAUAUAGACGUAAUAGAAGGCGAUAGCUUUCAUAUGGUUUCUAGAGGACCAAUAACUUUUAGGAAUAAUACGGUGUUAACAUUAAGGAAAGGUGCUUUCUUAGGGCUAACCGUAGACAGUGAAAUAUUUGCAGUGAUGGCACGCCAGGAGUUAUUAAUUGACAACAAUACUAUUACAAACUUGUCGCCACCUUCUCUGCUGUUCAACCACACGACGCUAACAUUGCGCGUUGAUGGACUGAAUUUAAAUGCAACAUGCACAUGUGAGCUCGCAGAAGAGUGGCGCGAAGUUUAUAAUACACAAGGUAGCAUUAUAAACUGCUGGUAUGAUCUCGAGGGAUAUUAUAUAUCUUUGCCCACAUUUGUCAGCAUACGGUGCGGACGUUUCAAGCAAAACUUUUGGAUAUUCGUACUAGUUGGUAUCCUUGUUGUUCUAUUGGCUUCCGCUAUAGCAAUAUUUUUUAUAGUGAAGAGAGAUAAUGAGAAGAAGAAGAAGUUACAAAUUGUAUUACCAGACGGUAAAACGUACAGAGAAACAGAAUUUCAUGUUAUUGUUGAAAGAGCUGAACUUUUAACCACGGACUUGUAAACAAAAGAGUUAUUUAUAUUUUUUAAUUUGUUUAAACAUUCCGUUAUAUAAAAGAAAUCAUCGUUCUACCUCAAAGUUUUUGUCAAUCUACAGAGUGCCAAGUAUAACAUUAUUUCUGAACAGUAUUAUAUGUAUUAAGAUUUAAAACAAUUCAUAUGUGUUAAGAUUCGAAGUACAAAGGUGCAUAUAAUUAUUUUUUUAAUUCAGAACAAUAAAGGAUAUAGGGCGAUGGUGUAGAUUAUAAAAGUGUCUAGACAUUGGAGUACGCUGUUGUAUUAAAUAAGAAUAAUUAAAAAAACUACGUACCCACGAAGACACUGUAUAAAAAUUUGUCUUAUUUGAAAAUAAAAUGAUAAGAGUA